UGGUCUCGUUGAGCCUAUGUUUCUAUUGGUGGUGUUCUGGGCGUGGUGAUCUCGUGGUGCUACUGUUUACAAGUCAUCUCGUCAAGCCUGUGUUUGUUUCCAGUGGUGCUGCUAUUGGUGUUCUCAGCGUGGUGUUGUUGUUGGGGGUGUUGUGGUGGUUCAAUUGUUGGUCGUGUGGUGGUGCCAUCAUGUUGUUGUUGGUGGUGUUGUCAUGCUGUUGUUUGUGGUCUCGUGUGCUGGUGGUGGUGAUCAUCAUCGUUUGGGGGUUUGCUGUUGGUGGCUCGUCAUCGUGUGGAGGUCACGUGGUGGCACUACAACAGAAAGUGGCUUUCGCGAUGACACUUUAG